GUCAUCGUUGUCAGCUCAGUUCUCGGCCCAGUUCUGGAAGGCAUCGUCAACGACAAUCACCGGAAUUGACGAUGGGUUUUCUCGCUCAAGUUUGUAGCCUUUUCUCUCCCACCCAAUUCUCGCCUCGCUUCAUAUGGGAUUUGAAAUUGUGCUCAUUUGUCGUUGUCGUCCGUAGUGCACCGACAGGCGUUUUUGCUACAGGCAGGUCUCACCUUUCUCCUUCCAACCGGCAAUCCGGACUACGACCGCGGGGUGCAUUGGGCAAGGAUGCAGGACGAGUUGACCAGAGCUGCAGGCGCCCGGUUGGACUUUGUUGGGGCCGCGGCCCCCCUCUCCUCCUCGGGCCUUCGUGGCCUUUCGGGUUCAAGGAGGCCGGGUCAAGAUAUCCGUGA